GGCUUUGGCUGAUAGGAACACGCAUUUGCCGAAUAAGAUUCUACAUGCGUCGGAUAUCCUAUCUCAAGGUUCGUCGCAUCCAACUGCCACACAUGUUGAUCCCACUUGGUCGAAGUUUCCUGCCCGACCAACCGACCGAAACAACGUUAUUGUCUAACGGACGUAAAAGUCUGAAUAAGGCCGCGGAUCAGGUGCCAAAUAUGAUGGCAAUAGACCCUCGGGAAUCAAGACCCUUUGAUGAGACGGGUGUCCCAGCAUCUUGUCACAGAGGGCUCCUCCCUCUCGCAUAAUUAAUCUAUCGCGUGGAUCUCUGCCUCUGACACACACGCAUCUUGCAUUACACCGCCUACUUGCCCCUGGCGCCGCCGUCAUGGUCGCCGUCGAUGUCGCUCAAGCGUACGCCGAUGGACGUGUACCCACCAACAUAUCAUACAUUACACCGGAUUACCUCAGCGAGUCGCGCGACGGACCAGCGAUAGCAGGAAUACUGGCAAUCUACAUCAUCACCACUAUUCUGCUCAUAUGCAGGUUCGCCUCUCGAAUCUUUAUUGUCAAGAGCUUCGGACUUGAUGACGGCAUCGCGGCAUUCUCCUGGGCAUGUUUCACUGCCUUCAUGGCAUUAUGCCUGGUCUUGAUAAAUGAAGGAAGCGGAAGGCAUAUUGAGUAUAUCCAGUAUGUACUCAGUAUGCCUGAGGUCGAAGAAACCGAGAUUGUCGACUUUGCUGCCCAUUUGGUAUACACAGCCACUCUAUACCUUUGCCGAAUGAGUGGUCUCGCAUUCUUCACACGCCUGUGCAGUUCGCAUCCGACAUUCCGAAUCUCCAUUUGGGCUUGUGGAUUCUUCUUGACUGCAGCUUUCCUGGUCCAGUUCUUUCUCAUUCUGUUUCACUGCCUUCCAGUUACCGGACUAUGGCCCUACGCAUGGCAAACCACAGGGAGAACCUACAAGUGCAUCACUUGGGGUAUUGUAUAUGUUUCGAACAGCUCGUUAUCCCUGAUUUGUGACUUUGUUCUAUUCAGUAUCCCUAUCGCAAUGAUCGCGAUCUUGCAACUUCCCAAGGGUCGUAAGAUAGUAUUGUCACUUGUCAUGUUGCCGGGAAUGCUGGUCAUUGGCAUCUCAUGUGCACGUCUUUGGCUCUGCGUCGUUGGUCAAUGGAGAACAGAUGGCUCCUGGUAUUACAACCCACAACUCGUCAUCGAGGUCGCAGAAAUCGGAUGCACCUUAAUCGCCCUGUCCGUCCCCAGCUACAAGCCGAUAUUGAGCAGAUGAGGGAGUGUCGAAUCGGAAAAGCUCGAUACCAGGACUUUGGAGUCAGCAGCCGGUGGACUCGAAACUGAAGACGUCAAUUCAGAGUGGUGGCCAGACAAUUGGAUCCCGAGAC